AUGACUCCAAUGAAAGAGGCGUCGCCUCCAGUUUCGGCAAUGGCCACCCCUACCAACAGCAGUGGAAAUCUUGUAGACGAAUUUGAAGAAGCAUUCCAGCACUGCUUGAAUGUUCUCACAAAAGAAGAAGCUGUCCCUACAUCAGACAAAGACGAAAUAAAAGUAGAAGUUGAGCAGACAACAUUAAGAUUCAUAGACUUGGCUAGACAAAUGGAGGCAUUCUUCCUUCAGAAGAGGUUCCUACUAUCUGCAUUGAAACCAGAGAUGAAUGUCAAAGAAGACAUCAGUGAAUUGCGUUUAGAACUGGCUCGCAAGGAAGAGUUGCUGAAAAGGCACUAUGAGAAGAUUGCCGUGUGGCAAAAUUUACUGGCAGACAUACAGAGCUACUCCAAAAGCCCUGCACAAGGCAGUGUCACUCCUGGUGGCAGUUCAAUACCUCCAUCUCCCAUACCUAUACCAGGCAAUCAGACACCCAAUCAGAUGAUCCCUAGUAUACCACCAGCAAUGCAACAACAGUUGCAGCAGCAGCAGCUGCAGCAACAACAGCAGCUGCAGAUGCAGCAGCAAAUGCAGCAGAUGCAACAGCAGCAGUUGCAGCAAAUGCAGGUGGGCGGGCCGAGCUUGUCGGGCGGCGGGGCGGGCCUAGGCGCGGGCAUGCUGUCGCCGCAGCAGGCGCUGUUCAUGCAGCAGCAGGGCAUGGGCGGCGCCUCGAGGAGCCCUUUCGGGCGGCAGUCGCCCGCCGGCGUGCUGCAAGGGCCGCUGGCCUAUCUCGAGAAGACCACCAGUAAUAUAGACUUCGCGGGCAUGUCGGACGGUCGCAGGUGA